AUGCAAUAAUCAUUAUUCUUUCAUAUUAGGUAAUUCUUUUUACAGUUUGAUAUGUUUGGAUAGCCCCCUACAUUUAGAAUUUUAGGGAAAUAAAAAUAUAAUUCAAUUUUAGGGGCAUUUUCAACAUUAGGGACUAUAUUUUUUGCUCUAGCUUAUUUAGUUGUUGGGAUUUAAGAAUUAAUAGCCAAAGAUUCUCCAAAUGUGAUUUAAUCGGAAAGAUAAGUGAUAGAAACAUCAGUAUAUCUCUGAUAUAUUUAGCCAUUCUUUCUAAAUAGAAAUAAUUUCACUCUUGCAAUUACCAUGGCUGAUCUUAAUAGUUAACCUUUAGCAACAAUAAAUAAAUUUUUUACAAUUUAACUUAAAAAUUGUUAAACUACUAGAAUUUAUAAUGAAACAUCAUAGACUUCUAAUGUUACAAGAAAGUAAAUUAAAUAUAUAUUUAUAAUAGUUGCACAAUAAUACCUUUGGAAGCAUGUACUUAAGAGCAUUUUUUAUCUGAAACAUAAAUUGAUUACUUUUCUAGAAUUAGAUUAGGUUCUGUAUAAUGUAUCUAAAAAGAUUAUUGGGAUAGUCAUCCACCUGUAAUGAGAAUUAUUAUUAAUUUAUUAGGUAUUACAAGGAAUUAAGACAAGUCCUAUAUAUUCAUCUUUAACUAUAACUGUUUCAGUUUGUAAAAACUCUACUAAUAAAAGUGAUUGUGCUCCAAUGGAAGAUAUUAAAAAAUAACUUAAUUCUGGAUUUUAUGCAGUUCAUUUAAGUGAUUCAUUAUUACAAAUGAAUAGAGCUGUAAAUAUGUCUUUAGAUGUAAUUAAUAUCUAAUAUUACACUUUUUCAAUAACAACAUCUAAAAAUAUAUUUUAGUAAUUUAAAGUUGUUGAUACAAAGACAGAUUCUGGAGUAGUAUUUUCAGAUAUAUCUGAUUAAUAAGUGUUGAUUUAAGAUGUUGCAAGAGAGUCAACAGACUUAUACAAUAAUGAAUAUUUGGUUUAUCAUAAUAUAAAUCUAAGUUCAAAAUAUAGUGAAUAUUAAAGAUCAUAUGUUAAAAUUUAAGCAAUUUUAAGUAGAGUUGGAGGUUUAUAUUAAAUGAUAUUUUUAUUAUUGGCAGCAUUUAUUAAACCUUUAGUAUAAUUAAUGUUGGAUAUUGAUAUGGCAAAUGAACUAUUUAAAUUUAAUUGCAAUAACAAAAAUAAAUUAAAUAUAUCUGAGGAUAAUAAAGUUGUUGAUGCAUUGGCUGGAAUAGUAAGAAGUAGAAAAAGAUUAUUAUCUCCAAGAGAUACUGGUAGAUUAAAUAGUGAAAAUAAUUAGGAAGCUAUUGUUGUAAUAAUUGUAGACUAUAUAGAAUGAAAGUUUGAAUAUAAUUUUAAAAAAGAAUAAUUAAAUAAGUAGAACAAUAAAAACAAUAAUUUCGAUAUUUAUUGGUUGUGAUAAAGAGAAGAAAAAGAUGUUAGAAAUGGCUAAAGAAAAAUAUAUGGAGAAAUUAGAUGUGAAAUUAAUAAUUUAAAAGUUAUAUGAAUUUGAUUAACUAAGAGAUAUUAUUUUAACAACAGAAUAAAAGAAAUUAUUUAAAUAUUUGCCUAAACCAGAUAUAGUUUAAGAUUUAGAAUAAGCAAAAUGUUUAGAUUAAUCAAAGUAAAAUUAGUAAUUGCAAUCUAUAGCAAUUUAAGAAGCAUUUGAAGCCUAUGAAAAAGUAUUAUCUUAAGGUUUGAAAUCAGGAGUUAAUUAAAAAUUAAUUUAAUCUUUAGAUCCAGAAGUAUAAUAGCUUUUUUAAUCACUUUAAAAAAGUUAAGCAAAUUAGAAUUAAUUUUUAAAUGAGAUACCUUUGAAUCAAUCUAAAGUCAGAUUUGAUGUUGGUGAUUUAGCAGAUUGUUAAUCAAUAUAUGAAGAUUGUAACACUAAUCCAUAGAGAAUAUACACAAAAGUUCCAAAAAGAAUGAAUAAAUAUCAUGAAACAUAAUGA